AUGGUUGUUGUCUACAUCGGCGAGCAGGCCAUUCCGAAGCCAAUUGAUGCGACUGGACCUAAUAUUCUGUUAGAAAUGAAGUUUACCGUGGCCGUCUGUCUUCUGGCUUCUUACACCGGCCUCGCCGCCGCUGCCGGAUGCCAGGUUGAACUUCUCAACAUCAACCAGGCCGUAGUCGGCAGCGGCUGCGUUCAGAUGAACUACUACGCCAACAUCUACGACUCCACCACGCGUGCAGGAUACACUGUCAACGCCAACAACAACUGUGGCCUGAGCUUCUCUGGCAGCCAAAGAAUCCCCGACGGCUACUCUCUGCGCAGAGUAGGUUACUGCUAA